AUGACCACAGCGCAAUUUUUCUCUCUCGGCUGCCGUGUUGCAAAGGGCGGCUGCAUCGACUUGACAUAUAGUGUCAUCAUCCGCAACGACUUUUGUCUAACCGUUAUCAGCUCGGCUCGCGACAACAACGCAUUCGAACUUCCAUCAACCAUGAAGAACUACAAGAUCAAGUUCAACAUCGGCAACUCGGAGGAGGAAGGAGUCAUCGAGUCUCUCGAUCAUCGCGCCGACAACACCGUCAUGGCUACCAUCCGCUACAUCACGAAGGUCAAGUGCGUCUUGAGGCAUGGCCCGGUCCUGUACACCAACUUCGCCGCGACGCGUGCUGAUGUUCUCUCCUUCCAACUGAAUGGCAACCCAUCUCACAGGGGCGAGGAACGAACGAUCCACCGCAACGUGCUGACGGCAGCAUCUAGUUUACUGGUGUUCCUCGCGGUGCCUGGUUAUAUCCUUUUCUGUCGCGACUUGAACAGGGCUGACAGCCACGUGCGCAGGCAGGUGCGCGCGUGA